ACAGGGCUGCUCCCUUUAUAAGUCACUGCUGGCUGUGUGCCCGUUUACAGUUCAGCAACCUCUGAAAGGAACAGCCCCCUGGCUGCUGCUGCUGCCGCCGCUGAGAGCGUUUUAGUUUCCUCUAAGGAAAGACUCCAUAGUUCUGGAAAGUGGGAAGGGAAAAUAGACAUCGCUCCGUGGGCUGCUUCUCUCCCCCUUCUUUCUUCAGACAGCCUGUCACAGUGAUAAGAUGAGAAAGCUGGGAGCCAAGGAGCAUUUGAUUUAAAGCAAACAGUGAUAGCCCUAAGGACAGCAAGGGGCGUUGACCGCUGGAAGAAUGGCUCUGCCACACUCAAAUCCUCCUACCUGUCAGUGACUGGACCGAGAUUUGCAGGACACAUCUCCAUUUGGAUGGCAAUUGAAUGUCUCCAUGAUGUUCAGCUGGCACAAGACAUUCACUGUUGGAGCUCUGUGGAGAAGAGCAGGCAAGAAGAGCCCUCCCUCUGAGGACAAAGUCGUGCUGACUCACAUGAAGAUGCUAAGCUAUGAAGGGAGUCAGGAUCUGGAGCCUCCUGCCGCUCCAGAUUGUGCAGAAGAAUCCAGGCUUCCCCCAGUCAACAUCCAGGGAAACCUUGAUGUAACAGACACUCCAGCAAAUCCAGAUUACACGGCUGGCCUGUCUGAUCUCAGCACCUUGGAAACCCAGUGCCGGCUCCACAGAUUCUCCAAAUUUGAAUCUGAGGACUCUGGGGUUGAGUUGCCAAGUGGGGCUAAUUCUCCAUCCACACCAAAGGGCUCUGAGAAGAGUUUUGUGCUUCACAGCAGAGACUCCUCUUGUGAUUCUGGAGUGCUCAGUGCCUCUUCCUCUCCAGAAAUUGACCACCUUAUAAUGAGAACAUGUCAAGAACCUGGAGAAGCUAAUCCCAACAGGAAUGCUCCAGAGAGCAAGAAUCAAGUGGAGCAGUACAGCCAGGUGGUAGACUCUAUGCAGAUUCCUACAUCUUCCCUGGAAGAUUUCAGCAAUUGUCAGAAGGGAGAAAGUCCUGAUCAACAUUUUGGCCAAAGCAAAGGGCAGUCUUUAGAAGAGGAACCCAGCAAAGAGACAGACCUCCCCAUUCAUGACACUCCUCCAACUGUGCCUCCCAUGGAAGAGCAAAAGACCACCACUAGCCAUUACAAAGAGACCUUUGGCAGCAUGCAGGAUCUUCAAAUUCAUGGAAAUCAACUUAAGAAAUAUCCCACGAGUGACAGUCUGGAUGAGUACAUGGAUGAGUGCUGUCGAUUAAGUGAGGUGAAUCAAGGGAACACCAAGGUGCUUGGCUCUGGCCUCGGGUAUCUGGAACACAUCUGUCAGCUCAUCGAGAAAAUUGGACAACUACAGGAGCACAACCUCCGGCUCCAAAAACAAGUGUGCAGCUUGCAGAAAGAGCAGAAGAUGUACCAGAUAAAGGAGGAGUAUUUUCUGCAGCACUGCUCCUGUGGAGCUGCCAGCAUCUUGCUCAAUUCGUACCAGGAGGUGAAGAAACUUUUUACUGGGAGGAGCAGACCUCAUAGUCUCUUGGUUCAGAAUGGAAACCACUCUGAUCUUUCAAUCAUUCCAGAAAUAGCAGUCCACAGCGAAAAGCUGAGCAACUACAGAGGAAGUGGCAGACACCUGGCAUCUGGAAACAGUCAGCUGGUGACUGGGCUCAGGAAAUCAUCAAGUAAACGGAGUAGCGAGGAGAAUGAGUUCAGAGAUUCUUAUAAUGUAACUGAUGUACAAGCAUUAAAGGACCAAGCUAUGAAAAAGGUGAGAGAUAAACUCAGAGGCAGAAACAAUGAGCAGGCCCUAAUGACAGGGCUGAGAUAAAAAGAUCAGUGCUGUCCCACAAAAUGGCAUGAGAUCAGCCUGGGGAUUUAGACAUGGUUCAAGCUUAGGGGCUGAUCUUGAAAGCUGCUGACAACUGGAAGGAUGUUAGUGGGGUUCAGUGAGAGCUCUGGGUGCUUAGCACUUCUCAUGAUUAAAGCCUAAAUGAACACAUUGGGUGUGUCUCCAAAGCAACAUGCAAGUGGGAUUGUAGCAUGUGCUGGAAUUUGUGCACUGGCUUGAUUUAGCCAGACAGGUAACAAUAGCAGUGAAGAUGCAGCAGCACAGGCUUUAUCAUGUGCUAGCAACUAGAGGGCCUGAAGGGAGUUUGCUGUGUAGACAUGGAGUUUGAUGCAGUUGAGGCUGACCUGGAGCACGUUGGCAUAACCAGCCUGCACCCCAAUGCAUAUGGGAGGGAAACUCAUUUACUCCAGCCUGACAGAGUUUAGGUGAACACUCUUCCUCUCUUAUUCUUCUCCAUUGUUUGCAACUGCCUCUGUGCUUUCUGGUUCUGGGGGAAGAUCAGAAAGACGAGGAGUGAGUCUGUAAUCAUAGUAUUUACAGCUUGACAGGAAAGAGGAAGAAGUGGAAUUUUGUGAGAAAGACUGUUCUCAUGGACUUCCCAGACCAGUGUUGCAGACUCCAGAGAUUCAGAUUAUUUGGAUGAGCUCCAGGGAUCCAGCCAAAGUUUAGGCACGUGCUUAACUUUAAGCACAGAAAUAUAGCUAGGGGAUACAACCAUAUUUGUAUUAUGGCAGUGGCCCCGGACCUGAACCAAGAUCAAGGCGUUAUUAUGAUAAUACUGUGCUGUUCGCUUUACAGAUGAGACAUAAGAAGGAUAGGGAAAAGAAUGGGUCAUUAUCCUCAGGUUAUAGAAGGGGACUGAGCUAUAAAGAGAUUUAGGGACUUGAGCAAGGUAAAGCAAGGAGCCUGUGGGAGAAUCUACAUGAGAUGCUUACUGCAGAGCUGCCUAAUG